AUGAGCUCUAGCUUGGUCAACUCUUUGGCCAAGGUCUAUGACCCUAACCCUCUACACAGUCAAAAACCUGUUGGCAGGAAGCUUUCUUCUACUGGGUCAGACAAAUCCCAUCCUUCCUCCACCUCUUCUUUGGCAAAUUCUUCUCAUGGUGCUGCCAUGCGUUGCGUGGAGAACCGUAUGGACUCCCUGACUGGUCAGAUGGAGCGUCUGCUGGACAUACAGCAGGUUGUUCUGACCCGGCUUGAUGGAUUGUCCCAAGACCUGGGGGGCGUGGGUCGGGAUCUGGCCUCCAUGCGGGCAGAGGGUCGGGAAGAACAGGGCUCGGAUGUGGCGGUGGCGUGUAGGGAGCUGCGGGGGGUGGUGGAGGAGGCCAACAAGCGACUGGAGGUUCAGGGGCGCAGGCUGGAAGUGGUGGAGAAGCUGGUGGAGGGCAUGCAGCAGGUGAUAAGCUUCAUCGGGGAGGUGGUGAAGCAUUCCAGGCUGGUGGAGCUGCUAUUCAGAGAGCCUGGAAACAACAAGGCAAAGGAUGAAAAGGAUAAAAACAAAAUAAGCCUGAAGGGCUUGAAGGCCCAGAAAAGGAGAAAGGCACCAAAUACCUCAGACGCCUCCUCCCUGAAUGAGCCUGAGCUCCAAGAGCAGGUGGAGAAACUAAACAGGCAUAAUGCUGAAAGCCAGAGAGGGGAGGCUCGGAAAGGGGAGCUAGUGGAGUUGAUCCUGGACGGAGCGCGCACCUCCUCUUCCCGGUCCGAGGAAGACGAAGAGGAGACAGAGAGCGGAGAAAAGGAAGGGGAGCAGGAUGAAGGGGACUCCGACCUGGAGGUGGAGCGAGAGAAAACGGAAGGAAACAAAAAUGAGCUCAGUCCUGAGCUGUGGGGAGAAUUAGAGGAUGAAGAGGAGAGAAAACGUGAAGGAGGUGAAAAGAAGUUUUCAAAUACACCAGAGGUCCCCGGUGCAAUUCCAGACAUUCCCAGUCAGAUCUGUGAGACCAGUGCCCCGCCACAAGAAAGCUCCGAGGAGGUGGCCUGCAGCAGCAAGCGCCGUGUCAUGGAGGAGGACCUGGUGAAGGACUACCUCAAAAAAAGUCGGGUGGAAGAGAGGAAAGGGGAGGUUGUGGAGGGGCAGGUAGCGGAGGCAGUCGUGGAGGAAGAGAAGAAGGAGAGCGAGACCAUAGUCAAGGGAUACAUAAUUGAUUCGAGCCCCCCGCCUUCUGCCCCCUUCGACCAUCGGAUCGUGACACCCAAGCCCCACCAGAUUGCCACCUAUUAUACCAUCAACAGAGAGGAAGUCCUGGGAGGGGGACGCUUCGGGCAAGUCCACAAGUGUGUGGAGAACUCCUCUGGUCUGACCUUGGCCGCCAAAAUAAUAAAAGCCAGGAGCCCAAAAGAGAAGGAGGUGGUGAAGAAUGAAAUCCAGGUGAUGAACCAGCUGAACCACGCCAACCUCAUCCAGCUCUACGCUGCUUUUGAAUCUCGCCAUGACAUUAUUCUGGUCAUGGAAUAUGUGGAUGGCGGGGAGUUGUUUGACCGCAUCAUUGAUGAGAACUACAACCUGACAGAGCUGGACACAGUGCUGUUCAUACGGCAGAUCUGUGAAGGGCUGCAGUAUAUGCACAAAAUGUACAUCCUACACCUUGACUUAAAACCGGAGAACAUUCUGUGUGUUAGCAGAGCAACGAACAAGAUCAAAAUCAUUGACUUUGGCCUCGCCAGAAGGUAUAAACCCAGAGAGAAGCUAAGGGUAAAUUUUGGCACACCUGAAUUCCUGGCUCCAGAGGUCAUCAAUUAUGAAUUUGUUUCAUUCCCUACAGACAUGUGGAGUCUGGGUGUGAUCACUUACAUGCUGCUUAGCGGUUUGUCUCCAUUCUUGGGAGAUGAUGAUAACGAGACACUGAAUAAUAUUCUGGCCUGCCAGUGGAACUUUGAGGAGGACGAGUUUUUAGACAUCUCUGAAGAGGCUAAGGACUUCAUCACCCGUCUCCUGGUGAAGAGUAAGAGCUGGAGGAUGAGUGCAGCAGAGUCCCUCAGACACCCAUGGCUCUCAGACCCGAGCCUGCACUACAGACUGCAUCAGAAGAAAAAUAAGUGCCACUCCACACACGCCCCUCCUCCAGAGAGCUAG